CUUGAACAUCGGUAUAGACCAAUCCAAAAUGAUAAAUACCAUUUUCAUUUGGUUAUUCGCUUGAAUUUGAUUUAAAAAUUCCAUCACUUUUCCAAUACGUCAUUUGUCGUUGUCAAGUAUUACACUUUAUGAACGUCAAAUUUUCGAAAAUUUCAACCAUUCAUUUUUCAUCACCCCAUUCAAGGACUUUUUGAACAAAUCAGCAGAUUUACUUAACAGACUUUUAAAACCUUAAUCUUUAAAAUUUAAAUAAUGAACAACGUAAUUCUUCCAAAGAUGUUUAACGGUCUGUCCCUUCUUGUUAAGAGAGGUGCAGGAAUAUCACACGUAAGGCAUGGCUCCUUCAAAGUUCAAGAUGAUAAAGACUUUCUAGAAAAAGUGGAAAAUAGUAAGGACCCUGUGAUUGUGGACUUCUUCGCAACAUGGUGUGGCCCAUGCAAAGCUUUGGAACCUAGACUAGAAAAUAUAAUUGCAAAACGCAAAGGUGAAAUUAAUGUAGCAAAGGUUGACAUUGAUGAUUUGGGAGAAUUGGCAGCAAAGUAUGAGGUCAGUACAAUCCCUGCAUUAGUGGUUUUUGAAAAUGGAAAAGUAAAGGAAAGAUUAGUUGGACUCCAGGAUGAAGACAAAUUGAAUCAGUGGAUUGAUAAGGCUUUGAAGAAAUAAUUAAUUUAUUAAGAAUAGUUUUAACAUCUUAGAUAUUGAAAAGAAAGUCACUUAAAAGCUUUUUGGAAAAUUGCAUCUAGUGAUUUGUUUGCAGAGGUGAUAUUUGUAUAUAGAUAUAUUUUGGAUCAUGGUGUUACAGUGAUUAUAUGAUUAAAAUCAUGUUCAAUGAUAAUGACUGUUAUUAUAGCUAUAAUUGGAAUUUGAAAAUGUUAAAGAGUGAAAAGUAAUUAUUGUAAUAAAGAAACAAUUUUCAAAAUUGCUCCCA